UUAGGAACUACUCUCAGGCCUUCUUCACAUGACACCAAAUUCUUGAAGCCGAGAACAUAUAUGGCUGAUGGGAGGCGUGAAAGUGUCACAUGUUCAGGUUAUCGGGAAGAGUAUCAGAAUGAAGGAACAAUCCCAUAUCCUGUGUUGUACAUUAGCAUCGUGUUGAACCCUUGCUCCUCGGCUUCGAUUUCUCUCUUUGCGAACCGGCCAUUGACCCGCGGUCUUAUCUCUGCAUAUGCCUUCCUCGAAGCAUACCUUAUUGUCUUCUCAAAUUUCCUUGUCUUCCUCUUCUCUCUGUAUCUCAGGACCCUGGCUUCUCUGUCCAUUGGACUGAGUUGUGUUACUGUUAUCAUCUGGCUUGCAGGGUCAGGUUGUUGCUCUACUGUCCCUUUGGGCGUUCUUGGGUGUGAAGCUGUUGUGACACAUGCUGUUGACUCCGGCACAACACCAGUUUCCAUGGAUGAAAUACUUCUGGUGAAAUUUCUAUGUGCUAUAGAUCAACUGUUGGCAGUGGAUCAGUGGAUUUGUGUGUAUGAUGAAAGAAUUCACCCUGCUGCGUUAUGGGAAGAUGCUAAAUUGAAGGGGGAACAGCCACGAAGCAACCUCCUUGGCAUCCUUAUCACCUUCUUCACCUUCCUCUUGAUCCACCACCAGUCUCUUCUCUGGAUCGGUCAUUGUUUUCUCGCUUUGGUGGUGAGUAGUGGUCAUGGAGCUGAAAGAGUUUCCAGAAAUUGGUAG